GAAACCUUCUGGGGAGCCACAGAGUUUUGGGCUCACGGCCUGUGUCCCAUAAAUUUUCAUGGCCUUCUUCUGCCUUCUGCCGAGGUGUACUGCUGCAAGUGAUGCGGAGACAUGAUGCGACGCUGACUCAAAUGGGCAAACCAGACAAGUACCACAUCCUUCCAGCCCCUUUUUGGAAACUCAAAUGAACGAAGCAUGCUUCAACACACCUGUCUGCCAGCGCAAUCCUCCCAGUUAUCCGAAACAGAGGAAUCAUCAUCACCUUCGGACAGUGGGGGGCCAUUCCAGCACUUAGAAUUCAUUGCAGAAGAAGUCCAUGUGAAUGACCCAAGCCAAUCGCUCCCCAGUGAAUCUACAUUUCGUCCCCGAAACGGGGACAGCCCGCCCCCGCGGUACACUGCGAGAACUGAUCCGUUCCAAUGCACGGCGUAAGCCACGUCGUCGACCAAGACAGUCGAGCCGAGCAAAGCUCAAACCCCGAAACGAGGAGAACGACAGCAAGGAUGCAGAUGAAGUCAGGUUAACCGGAAGAAGCCCUGUCAUUCAAUGUCAGUUGGAAGCCACAAAGGCCCGUUUACAUCGCGGUCCAGAAUGCAAUGCUAUGGAUCCUUUCUAUACCUUGCCCAUUUCAGAGGUUGGCCAAACUCAAUUCUUAACCUAUCAUUAUCAAACAGUAUUCGCUGAAAGCGAUUGCCCAGUCAACCCAAGGAAAGAAUGGAUACCCUUUGCCAUGACAGAUCCGGCACUUUUGCACGUAACCCUAAUGUUUUCAGCAUGGCAACUGGUGGCCCUUCAAGGGAAACCGCCUCCCCCAGUAGUAAUGUAUCACAAAGCAGAGUCAAUCCGUUGGCUGAACAAAAGUCUUCUGAAGACAAACCACGUUGCCACAGAUGCAUCAAUUGCCGUUGUGGCAAACUUGACUAAGUUUGAGAAUAUAGCAGCAAACGCACCGGGUGUCAAAGUACACAUGGACGGUCUAGAGGCGUUGAUAAAAACCAGAGGUGGAAUACAAGCCCUGCCUGUGCAUUCACAUACAAGAAAAUUGGCCACCUGGUUAGUGAAACCCCUAUUUUUCCUAUCCGUUAUGGUAUUUCCUAAUUAUUUAACCGCAUAGGGUGGACGUCGAGGCCGCAAAUGUAAUGGAAACCCAGCCACGCUUCAAAUUACACAUACAGGAUGACGAAGAACGACCGGAAAAUUGGGGACUGUACAGUUCACUGGCCAU